AUGCACGAGCUCACGAAUAACGUUGUUGAGACCCGGGCAGAGUCCACCGCAGUCGAGACCAAACCCGAUCUUGGUGUCGGAUUGAUUCGUCUCCACCGUCCCAAGGCGCUCAACGCGCUCUGCGACGCCCUCUUUGACGAUCUGAUCCACGCCGCCACCGCCUUGGACCAGGACGACGCCAUUGGUUGUCUAGUUGUCACCGGAUCCACCAAGGCAUUUGCCGCGGGAGCGGAUAUUUCCGAAAUGCAAACCCGCACCUUUGAAUACGCCUACCGAACGAACAUGUUCUCCGAAUGGGCCAAAUUCACCAACGUUUCGAAACCAACGAUUGCGGCCGUCAACGGCUUUGCCCUCGGCGGCGGUUGCGAACUCGCCAUGAUGUGUGACAUUCUGAUUGCCGGCGACAAGGCCAAAUUUGGGCAACCGGAAAUCAAUCUGGGCGUCAUCCCCGGUGCCGGCGGAACGCAGCGCUUGACCCGGGCGAUUGGUAAGGCCAAGGCCAUGCACAUGUGUCUAACGGGUGAAAUGAUGGACGCUGCCGCCGCGGAACGAGCCGGCCUCGUCGCCAAAAUAUAUCCGGCCGACGAACUCGUCGACGAAGCGGUAAAAAUGGCCGCGGGGAUCGCCAGUAAGGGACGGAUGAGCGUCAUGAUGGCCAAGGAAGCCGUCAAUGCGUCACAAGAAUUACCGCUACAAGAAGGACUACGGCUCGAACGCCGCUUUUUUCACGCGCUCUUCGCCACCGAGGAUCAAACGGAAGGUAUGUCGGCCUUUUUGGAAAAGCGCACGCCGGAAUUUAAACACAAGUAAAACACUGUGCCUGCUCGGGAGGGUAUAGCGAGCCUUUUUCACUACGGUAACCAACUCGUUAACCAACAAGUUAAGACUG